CAAAUGUUUUCCUCAAAUCCUUCAGCCCAAAAUGACAGUAACGCCACUGCUAAAAUAAUAAAAGAUGUUUGAAAUAUCUUAUUCAGGAACUGUUGAGGUUGAAGUGAAGUUGCCUCACACCUGGAAAGACAAGUGUAGCCUACCAAAGUAAUGCAGGUAGGAGACGCCUAAACAUUUCUCCUGCAUUAAGUUAUGCAAUGUUUUACAGAAAAAUAAAUACAUUGUUGCUAUUUCUCAGUCUCAUAACAAGAAAGUCCAUUUCUAUUAUGUCUUCUAAUGUUGUUGUUAUGGUUCCGUGUUCAACGAAAUAAAUUUUAAAAGUCCGCUGUCGUCAUCAGUUACCACCUGACUGGCCAGUUCUGUAGCAGAGCAUGACGUCGGCGCUGCCAGCGUGGAACGCACGUCGCGUACCAUUCCAGGAAGUAAACUGUCCGGCUCAGUCUGCGGGACACAGGCACAAGUGAGAGCAGUAACUACGUGUCACAGUUAACGUUUUAACACGGCUUUCCUCGCCACAGAUUUUCGGCGUCCCCGGACAGGCUGUCAGCCGUGUGCAGUGAAGCACGCACACACACACACACACACACACACACACACACACACACAUUCAAACACCUUAGAUGAUGGUGGACUCCACGCUGGUUCAAGUGGGCAAGAAUCUGAGUGAAGCCAUGAAGAUCCUGGAAGAUGGACAGAGAGAGCUGGAGCCGGGAACAGAGAGGAGGCGUUUCAGCAGAACCAGCAUCCCUGGACCGCUGCAGGGAGACGGUCAGGAUGUCGCCACUAUUCUGCACUUAGUUCACAACCUCAUUCAUGAAGAGGAAGAGACAGAGGACAAACCCAGCCAACAUAGAAUGCAGAAUGUGGGUGAACAGGGUCACAUGGCGCUGCUGGGUCACAGCCUGGCGGCCUACAUCUCAGUGCUGGACAGGGAGCGACUGCGGAAGCUGACCACACGGAUCCUGUCUGACACCACACUAUGGCUCUGCAGGCUGUUCAGGUAUGAGAACGGUUCAGCCUACUUCCAUGAGGAUAACAGGGAUGGCCUGGUCAAAGUUUGUCGGCUGAUCAUCAAUGCCCGCUAUGAAGAAUACGCCUCUGAGGGCUAUUCGGUGCUAAGCUUCAAACAGCCAAUCAUCUACCAGAGUGCGUCCUGCAGGCCUGGUCUGGGACAACACCUCUGCAGCCAGCUCGGCCUGCCUCUCUCCAGUUUGUGCACAGUCCCAUGCAACACCAUCUUUGGAUCCCAACACCAAAUGGAUGUUGCCUUGUUGGACAAACUGAUCAAAGAGGACGUGGAGGCCGGGAAGCUUCCUCUGCUAUUGAUCGCUAAUGCAGGCACCCCUGGGGCAGGUCAUACAGACAAGUUGGGUCGCCUGAAGGACCUGUGUGACCAGUACAAAAUGUGGCUUCAUGUGGAGGGGGUCAACCUGGCAACCCUGGCGCUUGGGCAGGUCACCUCUGCCGUCAUGGCGGCCACCAGAAGCGAUAGUAUGACACUGACACCGGGUCAGUGGCUGGGACUGCCUGCUGUUACCGCUGUCACCCUCUACAGACAUGAAGACCCAGCACUGUCUCUGGCAGCAGGUCUGACCUCUAGCCAGCCGGUGGAGAAGCUGCGAGCGCUGCCUCUCUGGCUCUCUCUGCAGUACCUCGGUCACAAUGGAAUUGUCCAGAAGAUCAAACAUGCCGCCGCUCUGAGCCAGCAACUCCUGCAGAAACUGAAAUCUUUGGCCUCAAUCAAGACAUCGGUGGAGGAUGAACUCAACUCACCUGUGGUGCUGUUCAAGUUCUCCCAGGAAAUGAGUGCUGCGUCCAGUGGGGGCUCAGUGGAGGGAUACUGUGCUGGGGAGAAAGAGGUCCUGGAUGCCUUCAACAGAUGGCUGGGUGAACAGCUUGCUCAGUUGGUUCCCACCAGUGGAGUAGAUGUGGUGGAGCUUGAAGACGAGGGAACCUGUGUUCGCUUCAGCCCCCUCCUGACUGCUGCAGUCCUGGGCACCCAGCAUAAGGAUGUUGAGGACCUGGUGGAGAAGCUGAUGGAGCUAGUGCCUGUGAUGAGCUCCACAAUGUGCCUCCGACAGGACUUCAGAGAGGAGACCCACCGACACGCAGCCACGCUCAGAUACAUGGAGGAGCUCAGCUGGCCUGGCCUGGGAGCUGUCCGGUACGAGCCGCAGGCUGAAGAGAUGGAUGAGAGCAGGAGGAAGCAGGAGCUGGAAAAAAUUAACACUGAGCUGCUGAAGAAACUACAAGAGCUUGACACGGACAUCGUCUUCUCCACUGGUCCUGAGUUUGGAACAGAGGAGGGCUUUAUCUUCAUUGGCAUGGUGACUGAGGACGUUGAUGUUUCAGAAUUGGUGGAUACAAUAGCUGCCUUGGGGAGGGACAUAGAGGAGAGCGGAAGGCUGUUGGAGAACAUGACAGAGGUGGUGAGGAAAGGCAUCCUGGAGGCAGAGCUGCAGCUACAGAAGGCCAAUGAGGAGAAACUCAUGGAGGAGGGGAUGCUGAGGCAGCUUCCUCUGGUCGGCUCUGUUUUAAACUGGUUCUCUCCAGUUCAGAGCUCCAUAAAGGGAAGGACCUUUAACCUGGCUGCAGGUUCCCUGGACUCCACAGAGGUAACAUACUCCACCAAGGCCCAGGCAGGAAGGCCGUCCUUGCAGGACACUCCCACCUCCUCAUCAAAGAGACUGCCAGGUCAGAGGUUAUUCCAGCGCCCAGGGGCGAGCUCCGACUCCUUCAGUGAGACCAGCUCCAUCGGACAAGCCGAUGAGACGACCAGGGAGGAGAGUGUCACUGUGAGCAGCAGCAUCCACCCUCCCCCCACUCCACCUGCACCAGAGGACUCACACACUGGAAGUGACGUCUCACCACAGGAAGUCCAGGAGUCCUCUGAGCAGGUGCAGGCACAGGUGGAGACUGAGGAGGCCUCAGAGGAGAGGCCGUCUGAAGACCAAGAGGUGGAGCAGAGCUUUAGAUAGGACGAGUCUGUGCACAUGUCUUCCAGCUGUCCUCUAAAUGGUACCAGCCUAACAGAUGUUUAAAAAGGGAUUUCAGUGUGAAUGUAACUCUUCCAGAUGUGAAGGAAAACCGAUGGAACUAGAUCAGGCAGCGUGUCUCCGUCUGAUGUGUCAGGUCAGAGAGGACCUCAGAGUUAAAAGAGAAAUCCACCCAUGGAUACAUUUACAUCGUACCCGAUGCAUUCUACUGAUUUAGUGAUAGAGUUUUAAUAUAUGUUUCCUCUGCCUGAUGAUCGCUCACAUUUUUCUUGCCAUGUUUAAUCACUCCUGUAGGGACAUAAACAAGCUGUUUUCAUUUCAUUCAUUCACGUACGACUUGUUAGUGAAAUGAGCAGUGAUGGGUCUGUUGAGGCUUCUGUCUGGGGGUGAACAGGUGUACUGUACCUGCCUCUGUAUGAUUGCUGCCUUUACACUGAUGAAAAAUGUUCUGCUGUCAAACACUACAAAUAUCUUUGACUCUGUCAUCUCUGGCUUACUGUGUAUUCAAGAAUACACUUGACCACAGGAUGGAGUGAAGUGUUUCUGGGUGGAUUUUUCCUUUAAACACAGGAUGGAAUAGAGUUCAGUGACUCUGUCUUGAUUUUUACACUGAUCUCUGUGUGUGUCCUGAUCAUAGAGCAGAGGAGUAGCCAUAUUGCACACUGAUUUUUUUUUUAGAUAUAAAGAGAAAUAUGAUUCUUUAAUACUCCAUUCACCUGAGCACUCAACUGGAAAUAAAGCAGCUAAAUAUUUAAGCAAUGAGUGCUGCAAUUAAAAUGUUUAGAUUCCUCACUGUAAAUAGUCUACACGCAAAAUGUAUUUAACUUGCCCAAUUACUGACUAUAAUAAUUUAUGAUCAAAUUAAUCUGUAGAGGAAGAGAAGUAUUUAAUUACAAAUGGCUCCUAAUGACAGCAGUCACCUGCUUCCAAGCUUCAAACACUCCCUUCAUGUGAGCACUGCCCCGCAACACUGUGAUGGAUCGUUAGAGUCACUGCAGGAAAAAUAUAGUCCAAAUAUUCUGAGAAAUCAAACAUUAUGAGGAUGAAAAAAAAAAUUCACAAAACGACAAGAAUAAGGCCACAGUUUUUCCAUUAGAAACAUCACAUCUUGAAUGAAAAAAAAUACUUAUAACAUGCUAUUACAAGAUAAAACUGUCGUUUUAUAUUAACUGGUCACAUUAUAAAAGUAAAACUGUCAUUUUACAAAAAAAUAAUUUUAAGAUGAAGUUGUUAUUGUACAAGAAAAAGUUAUCUGAGAUAAUUAGAGAGGGAGUUGUAGCUUUACAAGGAAAGUAAAGAAAUUCAUUGUAAUUUUACAAAAACAGUCUUGAUCUACAAGAUGAAAAAGUCACAUUACAAGACACAUCUGUAAUUUUAUAAAGACCUGAUGUUACAAGAUAAAGAUGUAAUUUCAUAAGAAAAAUUCUGAGAUAAAUUCAUAACUUUACAGGAAAAGGUGGUAUUAUGAGACUGGUCAUGUUUUGAGGCAGAAAAACAACAUGUUGUAUUAUUGGACUGUGUACAGUAGAUCACUGCCUGUGCACUGUUCACACACACAGUUACUGUCGUUCCUGUUUCCACUGCAGUCAUUUUAUAAGUAUACAGCUGUGCUCUCUGUGCACACCAGCCGCAUGAUACCUGUGUCAUUACAUACAGUCACUGUGCAACAAGUGGACUGUAAUUUUGUCAGGUCUCACCCUGAGCUCAGUCUGACAGUGUGUAGCUACAGUUGGUGAUAAUGUGCUCAAACCUAAAACCUUCAGAUCCUCCACGCUCCUCAUUUAGUAAAUGUCAGUACACUACUGUUCUGUUAACUACAGAGAAUUCAAAUAUAGCUUUAUCAUAACAUCAUUAACGUAUUCUCAAAAUCAAACUUGUGAUCGUAAAAUUACAACAUUGUUCCCAUAAUAUCACCUUUUCUCCUAAAAUUAUCAGUCAUAAUGUUGCAAUUUUUGCAAAUUCUGACUUUUGUCAAAACAUUAAGAUCAUUCUGAAACUCUCAGACUUUGUUACAACAGUGGCCCCAACACUCCAUCACCACAACUUUAUUCCCUUUACAGUUACAGCUGGGUUUAGAGUUAUAACAUGUUUUUAAUUCUUCUGUAGAUGUUUCUUAUUUUGUGAGCAGCGAGAGGCCUCUUGCCGCAGAGGGGCAGGGCUUGUUAUGUAUUUACUGUAUGUGGAAUAUUUCUUUUCUUUCUCAAAAACAUCCUGCCAGUCUUCAGUCAGACUACUUCCUGUCCUGGACCACCCUGUGAUUCUCAAGUGCAAUGUUAGAGUGGCAUCCAGGUGUUGACCAGCUGCAACAGCGUGGCUGGUAUCGUUUUCACCUUGUGAACAAUAUUAUUGAAAUCACAAUAUGACCAAGUGCAAUUUCCAAAUCUCAGGAGCUGCAGUUUUUUUUUUUUUGAUAAAUGUUAAAUGUGUCAAAUGUGUGACCAUAAACGGAGCAUUGUGGUGCUACAGAGACGCAGCGGCUACAAACAUUAUUUUCCAGAUGUCACAGAAAUCAUCAUGUGUGGCAAUUUAUGUGUUUCUUUCAGUGAAAAUGAAAUACAGAAACUACUCUAAAACUAAACUCUAAACUGUUCCCACUAAAAUUGUGGGACAUUUCACAACAUCUGCCGAAAUAAUCGCACUAGGAUUUUUUUUUUUUUUGCAUAUUGAUCCGUGUGUGUGUGUCAUCAUGACAAAAGGUGUUCCUGGAGACACUGACUGUAGCAGCAACUUCCACAGAGGAGGUCCUGGCAGGUGUUUAUAUGUGUGUGGACAGGUUUUUGUCACAAUCUGUAAGAUACAGUCACAAAACUUUACAGGUGUGUAGGUGAGAUCAAAAUGAAGGCUGAGUUCAAAGAUGGGUGUUGUCGGACCAAUGCGUACUGAGUACUGGUGUAGCUAACUCCAACUAAGAGCGAACAGACACACAGCAGUAUAGACUCACAAGGUGAAAGCGAUAUCGGCCCCACUGUUGUAGCUGGUAAUGUAGUAAUAAUUACUGAGUGCUGGGCUUGAGCAGCUGCUGUGAUCCCAUCACAGGAUGGUCUGUGAUGAUGGAUGGUCUCUUGGUUCUUAUUUUGUUUGUUUGUGUCUCUUUUUUCCUUUCACUGUGUCGAACAGCUCAGUUGAUUGUGUGAGGCUUUGAAAUUCACCCCCCCGACACCAACGUCCCAUCUUUUGCUUCCCUUGGUAUGAAUAAUAAUCACAAAGCAGCAAAGGCAGAGUCUCAGCACGUUGUGUGCACUUCAGUAACAUCCUGUAACAUUCUGUUUUACAUGAUUGUACAUUACUUUGUAGUGUGCCUAUCACACCGGGACAUUUUCAGAGGAAAUCCUAAAGACCCUGAUGCACUGUGCGGUCCCAGAUGAAAAUCAGUCAAUGGUGAGACACGUUCACCAAAGACUGAUCUGAGCUUUGGAAACCAAAGACAGUCUGCUCAGUGUAGCCACACCCACAAACCAACCAAUCAGAACACAGUAUGAAAUGACACAAACAGUGUCCGACAUGACAUUGAAACUGUUGGUAAAUGUGCCCUCAAUACUGAUAUUACACUGUAGAGUCUGACAGGUUGUAGUCGACCAUCUCACACAGUGUAAUGUGUAACAAACAGAUUGUGUCGGGGCCUUAAAAGAUAACUCACAUUUUUUAACCUGGGCCUGAUUUUCCAUGUGUUUGGAUGUAAAUGAUUGAUAGGGACAAAAAUCCUUACAAUCAGAACAGUCGACCAGGCAACUGCUAAACAGCUGCUACAACAUAAACAACGGGGCGUUUGAUCUGUGUCAUUCAGCGUUCCUUGUUCCUUCCAGCAACAGGUUCAGAUUGUUACUCUGAGUGUCUGACAACAAGAUUCUUACACAAAGCCACCAGACUCCAAGGAUAGACUGAUGAGAUCUUGAUGGUCAAAGGUCAAGGUCACUGUGACAUCACAAAACACCUUUUAGACAUUACUCAAAACUUCACACAGAAAUUAUGACAAAAUUUGUCACAAAUGUUUAAUAUUAGGGAUGCAACCUGAAACUAGUCUGAGUGGCGGAGGGAUACAACGAUGAGGAGGGGAUUCUAGUUUUGGAGAGCAGUGUUACUUUGCUAUAUUACUGAUCAUCUGUGUUCUGGAUGUCCACCUCUAGGAGAGUAGCCACAGAACUAAAUCAUCUCCAUUUAUAGACAGUUUGUGUGACUGGACUGAUGAAGAUCUGAACUCUUUGAGAUGAGUCUGUAAAACUUUCAGCUUUAUGCUCAAACAAACACAUGGGAAAAUAAGGCCCAGGUGAAUCCACACUUGAUAUGAAACUGUGAUGGGAACAUGCAGAACAUGCAAAUUUCUGUAAAAAAAAAAAAAAAAACAUGAGGAGCAGCUUCUCAUCAUUAAGGGAUUGUCAGUGUUUCAUAUAUGAUAUUGGAGUUCAGUGGGAGUGAAUGAGCCUCAGUAGAUGUGGUAGUAAUGGCUUUACCUGAAUGUAAAACAUUAAAACAAAAGGAAAAUGUCCAACAAUGAAAACCUGAAGACAGAUGUGGCUGGACUGGCCCUGUAGUAGACUGAGGCAGGGGGUGGAACAUUUACUGUAAAGAGUUAUUAAAAUGGUUUAAUAAGGAAUUAACACAGAGGAGAUUACAAAAGCUUUAUUGCACUUGUUCUGUAGAUACUACUGUUCUUUAUUUAAUUUCUUAAAUGGUGUAAAUGAAGCAGAUUAAUGAUUAUUUUUGUCAUGUGAUUAUAAUGCAAAGUUGAAUCAAUAACUUUCUAUGUUUGAUGAAGAACUUUUGGUUUGAUAUGAAAUGUCCUGCAGCUUUCACUGUCUUGAAUGAUUGUAUUUAAUCAGCAGAAUCCUUCCUCUUGAAUAUUUUCUACAAUUAAUUUACAGCACAGAAACACGUUUGUUGUGUACAUUCUGUCUGUCAACAGAUUAAAUUGUAAGUUUUCUAGUCUGAAUGUGAGGCCACGGCUUUCUGUAGUAGUUCAACCUCUCCAGCUGAUUUUCAGUCUUCCUCUUGGUCAGUCAAUGCGACUGGUGUGUCAAUGAUGCAGUUAGUCAGCAUAUGUUCUUAAAUACACCUAACUGUAAUUGUACUUGAGCCCCAGCACAUAAUGCACAUGUAAUGCAUAUAUAUGCACAUAUAAUGACAAAAUGAGAUAAUUACAUAAUGGAAAAGUGCUGUGUGUGUACAUGUACACCUUGUAACAGAAUUUUACAAAUAAAAGGGUAAUACUACAGCAUAUCUGUAAUGGUGCUAGAAAAGGAGCCAAAUGACUUUUGGAGUGGAAACUGUAGAAGUUUAGAACAGAGCCAGUCUGAGGCAGCGGUGGUGGGCGAGUGAAACCGUGACUGGACUCAAAACUGAAUCUACAUGUGUUCACAAUCUGCCUUCAUGUGUGAAUCUGAGGCCUUGACAACCAGCAGUAAAACAUGCACUACAAUACAAAUAAAACUGAUUUAAAAUAAUACUGAUAACCAGAGGUGUGGACUUGAGUCACAUGACUUGGACUUGAGACAGAUUUGACUCAUUCAUCACUUAAAACUUGACAACGAAAACUUAUUUGCAACACGACUUUGACUCGUACAUUCACUUGGAAUUAGCCGUUGAACCUGGAAUGACUUGAUAUCCUUCCCAAACCCAAAGAUUAACAAUGAUGUGUCACAAAAAAAAAAGCUAAACUUUGAGUCAAUCCGACAACAACCAAUCACAUUGCACAAGCAGGAGGGAGAAGGGUGCGUUUGUCGGUGUAAUAUGCAAAACAUUGAGCUCAGAAAUAAGAAUGACACACCGAGACACAUGUCAUUUUGCUCUUAAAUAUUUUGAUAUUUAAAAUUUAGGACUGGACUGGACCCAAGUCCAGGUCGUUGGUCUUGUCUUCAGACUUUUGUAGCCAAGACUUUAGACUUACUUGUGACUUGGCCCUGGUCUUUUAUAUUAUGUCUUUUAAUUGUCUCUUAUAUUUUCACAUACACAGUAAUGGACAUAGAAAUUGUAACACGUGUACAAUCUAGUGCAACAGAUCUCCAGAUCUAGUCCAUCCACCGCUUCAUGCACAGGAAGUGAGUCCUAGUUGCAUUAUAUUCUACAAGUGUUGGUUUCAUUGAGUUGCUGUUAUGUGAACUAACAAUGAUCAUAUAAUCAUAACAAAUAAUUACAUCACACUUUAAUGUAAAAGCUGAACUGGCAAGUUAUGUCCUCUGAAUGUGAAGUUUACACCUUCAGGAGUUUCUUUUAUAUGAACAGGCCACUGUCUCUAGUUGAACUGGUAAUUUAAUGGUCGGACCAGUUAAACGCCUGAGGGCAUAUUCAAAACCACUAAAUUUUCAGAGAUGAUACACAUUACGUACACAAGAUAAUGCGUUUCAAUUUAUUUGAUCAGUCAAGAUUAUCCCUUAGGAGCUUUUUAUAUGAUUUAUUUGUUGAUUAAUGUAGUGUAGUUGUAUGACUUACUCCAUGUCAAUGAGACUGAAUCCAUUAAUGGAUAAAAGGAAAAAGGGAAUGACUUCAGUGACUGAGAUUGGUGUUUUUUUUUAAAAUUAAAUCAUGAACUCAG